AUGCCGCACGCCAUCGAUGAGUUCGAGCUCCAAGACCAGGCCGAUGAUGCUGAAAUCGCACGCCUUCUCAACGACGAGAAUCCGAGCAACAACAACCUGAACUUCGACCGAGAUCUGGAAGUAGGCGAGAAAGCCGCCGACGCCAUCGACUUUGAAGAUAUUAGCGACGAUGACUUGCCCGAAGACGAGACCGAUGUCAAGCCAAAGGUUGAAAGCUCGCUCGCCGAUGAUCUUAUGACUCAGCUUGAUGCAACAACCGAGCAAGACGAGAACCAUGACGACCUUUUCGGAUUCGAGGACGAUUUGUUUGGAGACGACAACGACGGCGACCAAGAUGCGAAGCCCGAUGUUCCACAGCUAUCCGACCAAGCCCAGAAUAAUGGCUUCGCCAACCCUCCGUCUGUCAGCCAUGGUGGUCUCGCUCUCCCCUCUAAGCCCACUAUCGCUCUGCCAGGGGCUUACACAUCUCUCGCUCUGCCCCAAGUAUCUGACGAUCUUAUCGAAGACGAUCAAAUGGAAGACGCGGUUGUUGUCGAGGAGCAGGACGACGAAGAGGAUGAGGACUGGCUACGGCAGAAAGCCCUNUUUGCGGCUAUGGAGCAAGAAAGAGUUGAGCGAAGCAGGAGAGGAGGAUUCUACGAACCGCCAACCGCUCCAGAGACGGAAAUGGAAGUCUUCUAUUCUAUCUGGCCAUCAUACGACCCAGAAGAGCGCCCGCGCUUUACCGAGUUGUUCCCUCCUAGAAGAGGUAUCUACGGGUGGAAGACCCCUGUCAAGCCUCCCAAGCCCGUACAACCCACUAAGCUCAGUAUUGAUCUUCAACAUGAUCAAGAGAAGAGCUUCAGGCUUUUGGGUGCCGCUACAAUGGGCAAACAUGCGAGAGAAGGACUCGGUGAACAGUUGGGUGUCGUUCGUGUCGAGGAUACUUCUACCAAGCAAGAAGACACCGAAGACGUUGUUGAUCUAGAUGAGAUCGACCCGAAUGAGCAGAUUGGUGGUGUAUCGUGGCAAGAUUUGACAGUGCUUUGUGAGGAUUGGGAUAUGACGAGUGCCGCACCCUCACCUGGCCACUACUCGCUUGUGGAUAGUGGUGUCGAUAUGGGACGAGAUUCACGCUCGCCACCCGCAGCGAAACGCAAGAUUCCUGGUUUCGACUUGGAAGAGCCGACCGCGAAAAAGCUCAAGGUUGUCGGGUUUGACCUCAAAGCUGCCGUCGCUAUAUCGCACACAUAUCCCUCUCUUGACGAGCCAGAGCGUGCAACUGCAUACAUUGCCAAGAGAGUUACCCUUGACAUGAAUGAUCCGGGUCUUUUGUUAGACGAGAAUGCUCCUGCCGCUCAACCUAAGAGGUUGCGUCAUGUUCCUGGCGACAUGCGUCGGGAAACAAGGACUGCCAUGGCUCGCGACAUGACCAAGAGAUACAACAUCUCCAACGACGAAGCAUAUGAACUCCUCAAAGAGAACCACCAGCACAAGGUCCGCAGCACACUCGGCAGUAUGGCUGUCGAACACAGUCUGCCAGCGACCAAGCUGCAGUUCCCCUUCUACAGAGUCAGUCUGGACGACAAGCAGAAACGAGCAUUUCAUCGUCCUUUGUUCUCAGGCGAGAGACCCAACAGAACCAUCACGUUUAGCAAACCCAAGAAACUCAAGAGGAAAGAGAUGCGUGGCAAGGAUGUCGCAACCCUCUUUGCAAAAUCCGAAGACUUGUCUAUGGCCGACAACUCGAGUGCGCUGCUUCUUGAAUACUCUGAAGAACACCCUGUCAUGCUCUCCAACUUUGGUAUGGGUAAUCGUCUCAUUAACUACUACAGAAGGAAAGAUGCCGAAGAUUCUUCCAGACCCAAGGAAGAGAUCGGUGAAACACAAGUUCUCUUACCUCAAGAUCGCAGUCCAUUCGCAAACUUCGGCCAAGUCGAUCCUGGAGAAAUGGUACCUACCAUACACAACGGUCUAUACAGGGCGCCUGUCUUUCGCCAUGAAGGAAAAUCGAACGACUUCCUUGUCAUUUGCAAUGAAACACACAAGAAUGGCAAGAAGUAUUAUAUGCGCAACAUAGAGAAUUUGUAUGCUGUUGGUCAGCAAUUCCCCUCUGUGGAAGUCCCUGGCGAGCACUCCAGAAAGGUCACAGAUGCGGCCAAGCGUCGUCUCCGUGCAAUAUCUUAUCGUGUGUUCAAAAAGAGCAUCGAUCCCGCUAUCAGNGGUCAGCCCCUUACCAACGAAGUUGUCAAAGCUCAUCUGCCUGGCAGUGACGUCGGUCAAAACCGUGGUAAAAUGCGUGAGUUCAUGCAAUACGACAAGAACAACCAGCUUUGGCAUCUCAAGGCAGGCGACUCUGUUCCUGACUCAGAGACUCUUCGUGGAUGGAUCAAGCCCGAGGACAUAUGUGUUCUUGACUCGAUGCAAGUCGGUGUGCAGUACCUCAAAGAUCUCGGACUCAAGAAAGAGGAUGACGAAAACGAGGAGGACGAUGCUAAAGAAGGCACGAAUGUCGAGCUCAAGCUUGCACCAUGGAACACAACCAAGAACUUUCUCAAUGCCUGCCAAGGCAAAGCGAUGCUCCAAUUGCAUGGCGAAGGCGAUCCAUCUGGCAGAGGUGAAGCAUUCAGUUUCAUCAAGACUUCUAUGAAAGGUGGGUUCAGAGCACAAGGCGAGAGUAUUGAAGAACGACUCGAUGCCAAGCGACUCAAGGAAAAUGGAGGUCACAGCUACAAUGUAGCCAAGCAGCAAAGAGCUUAUGAUGAAUCGAUUCGUCGCAUAUGGAAGUCCCAGCACGAAAGUCUUUCGUCACAUCUGGAGAACUCAGAGGGCGAAGCCGACGUUGACGACGAGCCCGAGCCAGCACAAAGUUUCAGAGCCGGCACACCUCGAUCCUCUAUCGGAACAUCUGUCUAUGGCAACAACAGGAGGGACGACGAGUCCGCAAGUCAGUUCAGUCGCAACAGUAUGAGUCAGAACAACAAGUUCAUGACGAUCAAGAGAAGUGUGCGCGACAAGUAUGGCAACGUGGAAGAGCAGAUAGAGACUAUCACCAACCCAAGGGUCAUCGCAGCCUACAAAAAGCGCAAGCUGCUGGCACGAAGCCAAGCGAUCGAGUACGUUUUUUGUUCUAUCAAGNNCAUCAUGAACACCAAAGCAACCGGCGACGAAGAUUUCGACGCACUGCAAAAGCAACUGUAUCGUAACCCAUAUAUCCUUAACUAUCUUUCGCUAACAAAUUACACAGUNAUGCAGGCAGAGAUUGAGCGUCUCCAGCGCAACAUCGGCCGCAGACAAGCUCGUGAACGCGCAAAGGGUAUUGGCAGUGCCGCAUCGCCUUCUGCUGCUGCAUCGCCCGGAGGUGACGGUGCCGAUGGUGCCGACGCUGCGACCCCUGCACCAACCGGUAAAGGCAAGGGCCGAUCGAAGAAGAAUACUGAAGGCACAGCUCGCAAGUGUGCCAACUGUGGUCAAGUGGGCCACAUCAAGACCAACAAAAAGUCAGCAAGUGAUCUCUUUUGCUCCGAUUCCUGCAAGAAAGAAGCGGCAAAGAAAAAGUCCUCGCCUGCAAUGACUGUCCAGGUAAGCAGUCAGAGGGGCAGGAAGAGAAAGCAGACAAGCAAUGAUUCUCCUUCCGCCCCCAAGGCGAACGACUGGCUCUUUGUCGACUCGGCUCAGCUUUGCCCGAUGCUCAACGGUACGAUGAAGCAGGAAGAUAUGGCCGUGACAGGCUUUGGCGGUGGGCCCGGACCGGGUGCCGCUGGUGCUGGACCAGGCGGCGAAACCUCAUCCUUCGGUGCUCUACCCGCCUAA